AAAACGAAAAAAAAAAAAAAAAAGGGAAAGAAAGGAAGAGAACUCCCUAAACAGAGCCUCACUGUUUUUGCAGCUCUCAAAAAAUGGACGUCCCAAAGGAGCAAAUCACUGCUCUUCUCGACAAUGCUCUCUUUAACUCCGCUCAGCUUCUUGGUUCUUUCCUUGUUUCAUCAUCUACUGUUAAUGCCGAAACUAGUCCACAUCUCAAGGCUGAAAAUCUGGUUCUACUUGGCGAUGCUUUGUUUCGGGAGAGAGAGUAUCGUAGAGCGAUUCAUACGUACAAGCAAGCCUUGCAGUAUUAUAAGAUUAUUCCCAAGCAAAAUUCUACAUCUUCUAGAAGUGCAUUGUCUGCCUCAAACAGGUCCUCUUCUCCAAAUUCUUUUAACAUUUGUGCUAUAAAUGAAAACGAGGUGAAGUUCAAAAUUGCUUCUUGUCAUUUUGCUCUAAGUGAAAACAAAGUGGCUCUUGUUGAGAUGGAGGGAAUUCCUAGCAAAGCAAGAAAUUUGCAGAUGAGUUUAUUGAUGGCAAAGCUUUAUCGAAAUACUAAACAUACCCGUGGUGCUGUUACUUGUUACAGGGAAUGUUUAAGGCAAUGCCCUUAUGUCAUUGAGGCUAUCAUAGCCUUGGCUGAAUUAGGGGCCAGUGCCAAGGACAUAAUUUCGUUGUUCCCUCAGACACCAAAUAGAGGUGGGAGGGCUCAAUUAGAUCAUGGUGACUCAAGCCGUUGGCUGCAACGGUAUGUUGAAGCACAAUGUUGCAUUGCUUCAAAUGAUUACAAAGGCGGUUUGGAACUGUUAGCAGAACUUUUACAACGUUUCCCUAAUAACACUCACAUAUUACUUGAAAUGGCGAAGGUCGAAGCCAUCAUAGGAAAAAAUGAUGAGGCGAUAAUGAAUUUUGAGAAGGUUCGCUCCAUUGAUCCUUAUGUUGUGACUUACAUGGACGAGUAUGCAAUGCUUCUAAAAAUGAAGUCUGAUUAUUCAAAGUUGAACAAGUUAGUGCAUGAUUUGCUAAGUAUUGAUCCUACAAGACCGGAAGUUUUCGUGGCUUUAUCUGUUUUGUGGGAAAGGAAAGAUGAGCGAGGUGCAUUAUCUUACGCUGAAAAGAGCAUCAAAAUUGAUGAGAGGCACAUUCCUGGUUACUUAAUGAAGGGUAACCUGCUGUUAGCAUUGAAGCGGCCAGAAUCUGCGGUAAUGGCCUUUAGGGGAGCUCAAGAACUGAGAGCUGAUCUCCGUUCAUAUCAAGGUUUAGUUCAUUCCUAUCUGGCAUUUUCUAAAGUCAAGGAGGCCCUCUAUGCUGCUAGAGAGGCAAUGAAGGCUAUGCCUCAGUCCGCAAAGGCACUGAAAUUAGUUGGGGAUGUUCAUGCUAGCAAUUCUGGUGGUAGGGAGAAGGCAAAAAAAUUCUAUGAAUCAGCACUCAGGCUGGAACCAGGUUACCUUGGAGCUGCAUUAGCUUUAGCUGAGCUCCAUGUCAUCGAGGGACGAAAUGGGGAUGCUGUAUCUCUUCUUGAGCGUUAUCUCAAAGAUUGGGCUGAUGACUCUCUUCAUGUCAAAUUGGCUCAAGUAUUUGCUGCUACAAAUAUGCUUCAAGACUCUUUGUCACAUUAUCAAUCUGCAUUGAGAAUAAAUCCUCAGAAUGAAGCUGCCAAAAAGGGGCUAGAACGCCUGGAAAAGCAGAUGAAGGGGGUGGAUCCGGAUGCGCCUGAAGAGGAGGAAGAAAAUGAGGUUGAUGAUGCAGAUGCAGAACAAGAAGAGGCCGAGCUUCUGUAGGAUUUGUAGUCAAUGUGUUCAACAAAUAUUGGAUGACUCUCGAGCAUAAUCGAUACUUUCGAGAAGAAAAACCGAUGAUGAACCGAACUCCAUACUCUGCCAUCUGAACCUGAAAUUAUAUGCAGCAAGUUUAUAACGAGGAUGCCAGAAAUCAACAUGCAGUGGAAAUUUGAAGUUAAAAGUUUGAAACCAUUGUUUGAUAGUUGACAUUGUAUAUUUGAAACUGAUUAUUCACUGGUGCAAUUUUGCAUGGAAAUAUACUUGUAGUUAAGACAGGAGUUUCCGUCUAAUUUUGAAUUUCUGUUAAAUUAAAUGAUAUAAUUAUAUUAA